AUGGAGGCCGUACCGCCGGUGUCUGAUAUUCCACAACAAAAACAGAAACGAUAUGAUGAUAUCAAAAAUAAUUUUCUCAAGAAGUUUGGAAAUCCCCCAGAAUUUUUUGCCAGAGCCUCUGGCAGAGUGAAUAUCAUAGGAGAACAUGUAGACUACUGUGGUUAUUCAGUGUUGCCAAUGGCUAUAGAACAGGACAUCAUUAUAGCAGUGUCGCACAGUAGCACAUCAGACAAGAUCAUACUCUCAAACAUGAAUCCUUCUUAUCAAGAUUUUGAGUGCAGUAUAAAAGAUUUUACAAUUAGUAAGUCAGACCCAAAAUGGUUCAAUUACUUCCUGUGUGGAGUGAAAGGCAUUUUAGAGUAUGCCAAGCCCAAUGCACUCAGAGGAAUGUAUUGUAUGGUCAGUGGAAAUAUUCCAGCCAGUUCAGGACUGUCCAGUUCUAGUGCUCUAGUCUGCUGCUCUGCCCUGGUCACAAUGUAUGCCCAUGGUUAUUCCAUAUCUAAGAAAGAGUUGUCAGAGAUCUGUGCUCAGUGCGAGUGUCAUAUUGGAACUGAAGGUGGUGGAAUGGAUCAGGCAAUAUCUUUCAUGGCUCAAGAAGGAACUGCCAAGCACAUAGAGUUUUCUCCCUUGCGUACCACUGAUGUACAGCUACCAGGUGAUGCUGCAUUUGUAAUUACCAACAGCUGUGUAGAAAUGAAUAAAGCUGCCACCUCGUUCUUCAACAUCCGUGUGGUGGAAUGUCGUCUUGUAGCUCAGAUCAUUGCCAAGUCAAAGGGGUUAACCUGGCAGGAUUUCAAACGUAUUGGUGAUGUACAAAAAACACUUGGUCUGAGUCUGGAAGAAGCUUUAGUUAUUGUAGGGGAAAUUUUUCACAAGGAGCCAUACACAAAAGAAGAGGUGUGUGGAAUUCUGGAGGUUACACCUGAACAACUAGCGGAAACCACCCUCAGUACCAAUACUCUAACAGUGCAAUCUUUCAAACUACAUGACCGAGCAACCCAUGUGUUCAGUGAAGCCAACCGUGUCCUUCAAUUUAAGCGCAUCUGUGAUGAGAAUCCAAGCGACGCCCUCAAGCGUCUUGGAACUCUUAUGAGUGAAAGCCACGCUAGCUGUCGAGACAUGUACGAGUGCAGCUGUACUGAUCUAGACAAGCUGGUCAAUAUUUGUUUAGAGUCAGGUGCCCUUGGGUCACGCCUGACUGGUGCAGGAUGGGGAGGUUGUGCUGUUUCUAUGGUACCUGUGGAUCAAGUGGAACAAUUUAUUUCAAAAGUCAAGGACAAAUACUAUGCUGUUGAGCCAUCUAGAUCUGCCAAAGUGUCGUCUGCUGUUUUUGCCACUCAGCCUGGUGGAGGGGCAGCCAUCUAUAAAGUGUAGAUCAGUGAUUGAUGAAAACUGCAAAGAAGCUCUAAAUGAAUUUUUGCAGUAUUUUGAAUUACAUGUGUAAAGCUCAUACAAUUAAUUUGCUCAUCAGAAAUAUCAACAUUUCUGCAGCAUUUACUUGUGUACACGUUAUUUCUAGUUUUGCUUUAGAUUCCCAGAAAAAUUCUAAAAUCAACCAAAAAACUGAAAUUGUUUAUCUCUGAAUAUAAACUUUUGCAUUUCCUGUGAAUGUCUACCCAGUUGACAGGAUUCUUGACGUAGCAAUGUGAUUUUCUUAAAUAUUGAUAUUGUUUAAGUUGAAACAGGAAACAUUUCUAAUUCAGACAAUGGGGUUGCUAAGUAGAUUUUUGAUUUUCCAGUUUCAUUGAUGGAACUUGAAAUUUUGCCUUUCAUCACUAUGUUAAUUGUAUAGAAAUAUUCAAGCAAUGAGAUUAUAUCAAUUUUAGUAUGUUAAAAGUGCCAUAUGGAAAAGGAGAAUGACUUAAUAGUGGAUUUAUAUUUACUUGUGUAGUGUGGGAAAACUUCUAUGCCUUACCUCAUAUACUUUCCUAAUGUUUGGGACGUGGGAUUUGUUUUUGUCUUAUAUGUGGGCAUGUUAUUGUAGUCUUUAUCAAUUGAUGAACUUGCAUUUAUAUUUUACAACAAAAUGUUGAGUAUCAGUAUAUAUUUAUUUUGUAUUGAUAUUAUAUGAUUUUUGGGGCCAAGGUGUUAUCAAAGAGGGAUGAUUUGGUUUGUAAUCGCAAUAAAUUGAGAAGAAAAAAA